AUGGCCGACACGGCUACACGGCGCACCGAGGGCUCUCAGCUGAGCUGUUGGAAAACUGUCCCAACCACGACACUGCGUACCCCACCCCUCUCCACCACCCCUUGCGAGGACUGCCGGAAAGCGGAAAGAUACAUUACUCACCUCAAAGCAGACAUCAGACGGCACUCGGACGAUCUACGGAAAAAAGAGUCUCUUCUUACUGACUUCAUUGACACUGCAGCCACGCAGUCUAAAAUCAUCUCCACCAUGGAUUCAGCCAUGGCCGACACCAUCCUCUGGGACCCUCCUUCAUUAUGCCACCGGCCCUCCUCAUGCUCAACCCCCAGCUCACAGGCCUCCUGGACUGCCGGAAAGCGGAAAGGUACAUUACUCACCUCAAAGCAGACAUCAGACGUCUCUCGGACGAUCUGCGGAAAAAAAGAGUCUCUUCUCACAGACUUCAUUGACAACGCAGCCACGCAGUCUAAAAUCAUCUCCACCAUGGAUUCAGCCAUGGCCGACACCAUCCUCUGGGACCCUCCUUCAUUAUGCCACCGGCCCUCCUCAUGCUCAACCCCCAGCUCACAGGCCUCCUGGUCAGUGGUAGUGGGUAAAGGUAAAAGUGGAAGCCCCUGCGCCACCUCGCCUCCGUCUCUUCAGAUCACCAAUCGCUUUGCCACACUGCCACCUGACGUCCCUGCUCACCCUGCUGAUGUCCCCAUGGCCGAUGCUGUUUCUGUUGUCGGCGCUCCUACUACUACUCCUACUACGGGGCUGGACGUGGCGACGGCGGCCCCUCCACCUGCAGACGCGCCGGCUCCUCCGGCGGCAGCUGUGACGAUGGUGCUUCCACCUGCAGCUGCUGUGUGGUCCAGGACUGGAGCCAGGCCCAAGGCUUCAGGCCCCAACUCUCCAGCAAAUCGUCCUUCACACCUGACGUACGGGACGGAUGUGGUUCGUGGUGAACAUCCGGCUUCCCCGACUGCUUGUGGAGGCUGUGAACAGGAGGUCUGGUGGUCUCCCCCGUCCUCAGCCACCAGGGUUGGAUUACAGCCCCGUUUCAGGAGCCCCUGCGGCCGCAGCUGA